GUUCCAUUGAUGAUGAGAUGAACUUCCUACCUUCCUGGCUUAUGAAACCAGAAGCUGUCAAUCUGGAGUACAUAUCCCCUCCGAAAGUCCUGUGCUGACUGUGAUCUGGGGCCAAAGAGGGAUGGGAGAAAGGCUCUCCAGGAAGCCCAGCAGAAGUCUGUGACACCAGAGCGGUAAGCCCUGCUGGGGCCCCCUCCCCUCAGAGGAUGACCAGCGUGUUGCUUAUUUCCUUGGCCAGCUGCCUCCUCAUGGCCAAUCGGGCCUUCAUCAUCAGACGCUGUGACUUGGCCAAGGUUCUGCAUGAGGAGCAGUUGGAUGGCUUUGAGGGUUACUCCCUGAGUGACUGGUUGUGCCUGGCUUUUGUGGAAAGCAACUUUAACAUAUCAAAGGUAAAUGAAAAUGCAGAUGGCAGCUUUGACUACGGAAUCUUCCAGAUCAACAGUCACUAUUGGUGCAACGACUACCAGAGUCACUCGGAAAACUAUUGCCACGUGGACUGUCAAGAUGUGCUGAACCCCAACCUUCUCUCAUCCAUCAACUGCGCUAAGAUGAUUAUGUCUGGAUCAGGGGGCAUGAAGAACUGGGUGAGAUGGAAGUUGCACUGUGCAGACAGACCACUCUCCUACUGGAUGACAGGCUGCCACCUGGGGUGAAGUAGGUGGCAGGGCCAGUGGGACUCAUUCCAGGACCUGUGUCCUCAUUUGGGGAUUCUUUACUUCCUCCUGUGUUACCUGUCCCUUCUUCUCAUUCCCACACAGAACUGACUGGAGUCCCAGAGAUAAGUGCCUUUUUAGGCUUUCUCAUUCUCAUCCAGGCCCUAUGCUCUUGUUCCUGUCAUUUACAACCAA